CGUCCCGCCAAACCCACCCCCUCGCCUCCCCCGCCCGCGUGGUCGUCGCCACCGCAGCCGCCCGAGAGGAACUGGGGGAGGACGGUGGCCCGCGAGGCUCGUCGCAGACAACGCGGCGGCGAUGUCCGCGAGCCAGGCGAGUGCCGCGGCGGCAGCGGCGGGGCCUUGCGCGCGGCAGGGCGGCCUGGGCUGCGGCCUCCCUCCGGUUCCCUGGAAGCGGGCCCGCGACCAGCGCGGGAGCAGCAGCAGAGGCGGAGGCUCCAACGCGUCUCUCUCCUCCCCUUCAGCUUGAGCCAGGGGAAGCCAGGCGGCCCGGGUGUCUGGAGGGGGGGUCUGCUGUCCGAGAAUGGGAAUUCUCUUCACCAGAAUAUGGAGACUGUUCAAUCACCAGGAGCACAAAGUUAUCAUUGUUGGGCUGGAUAAUGCAGGGAAAACUACCAUUCUUUACCAAUUUUCUAUGAAUGAAGUUGUACAUACAUCUCCUACAAUAGGAAGUAAUGUAGAAGAGAUAGUGAUUAAUAAUACACGUUUCCUAAUGUGGGAUAUUGGUGGCCAAGAAUCUCUUCGUUCUUCCUGGAACACUUACUAUACUAACACAGAGUUUGUAAUAGUUGUUGUGGACAGUACAGACAGAGAGAGGAUUUCUGUAACUAGAGAAGAGCUCUAUAAAAUGUUAGCGCAUGAGGACCUAAGAAAAGCUGGAUUGCUGAUUUUUGCUAAUAAACAAGAUGUUAAAGAAUGCAUGACUGUAGCAGAAAUCUCCCAGUUUUUGAAGCUAACUUCUAUUAAAGAUCACCAGUGGCAUAUCCAGGCAUGCUGUGCUCUAACUGGCGAGGGGUUGUGCCAAGGACUUGAAUGGAUGAUGUCACGACUUAAGAUUAGAUGAUCUCUACUGACCUCUUCUCAUAGACUUUGUAUAAAUGAAGUGCUGGACUUUACCUGAAAGCUGCAAAAAUUAAUGGUUUAGAUAUAUUUAUAAUAAACUGAUUUAAACUUUUUCUAUAAGAAGAAAAAUUAAGACCACUUAUUUGAAAACAAAGAUGAAGUCUCACCUUCCAAUUUACUUUCUUAUUAGUUUUUUCCAAAGUAAGUUAUUAAAGCUGUGAUUGACGUUUUUCUCAUAAUGAAUCCUCUCAGGACAUUGUGUAGCCUGUGGUAAGUACAAAGGGAGAGGAAGACAUUUUGAAUUUUAAGAGCUUUAUUAUCAGUAUAACCCUCCCUAGUUGAAUGUUGUUUUCUUCUUGUUCCAUUAAGUCAAAAUACAAAUCAGCACAGAUACUCAGUUUCCAAUAUUUUAAAAUGUAAUGUUACUUAUGAAAAGUAUUUUGCUUAAGGUUGUGUGUGUAUUGUGUAUAUACCUCAAGUUCAAGUUAAUGGCAUUGAUUUAUGUUCCAGAGAAAAAUAACACAAAUAUUAAUAAUAUCCUUCGUUAUAACCAUAAUGAGAUAAGUAUUGGCAUUGGUGUUCAGUGCCAUUUUAUACUUUCUCUCUAUGUUCUCUGUAUUGUACUAACCAACCUCCCAAAUCAUUGAGCUGCUUAUUUAAAAAAAAAAAGGAAAAGGAAAAAGCAUGACAUUGCGUAUUGAUUUUUUGUUGUUGACCAAAAUCACAAACAUGGAAACACAUAAUUCAACAGAGUGGGAUAGCUAUCAGAUUCUUGGCUUAGUAUUACUAAUGGGCAGGAUUGUACAAUGAGCAACUAUCAGAUUAUUCCUUUCAGUGGUUCUUAUGGCAUCUAAAUUACUGAAUAAAUUAUUAAUCCAUUAAUCAGUGAAUCAAAUUAUGAUUAAAAUUAUCAAAUGAAUGCUCAGCAUUCAUUGAAAACUGUUGUGUGAAACAUGUCUACCCAGAAAAGUAAUAUUCUAUAAAUACUAUUAAAAAACUUAGCUAUAUUAUUUUUAAGCAUUAAAUUAUAUGUCAAGGAGUUAAAGUGAAUUUCAGAGUAAAAGGCAUGUUUCUGAGCAACAUUGAUAAUUUCUUAAUUUGUCAAUUUCUUCUUAUUUUGGUACUUGGAAUAUAGUGUGAGAUUUUUUAUUUCUAAAUUUUGUUGUAUCUAUUACAUAAAUGCAUUGACAAUUAUAAACUGCAAGUGUUUUUUGAAUGAUUUUAAGAAUUUGGUUUAAAAAUUGAUUGCUACCAUGUAUUAUUUGUACUAAGAAGUAACUUGACCCAAAACACCCUCUCUGUUUGCUUAGGGUAUUUUUUUCAAUGUCUGAAAGUUAGAGGUAUUCCUGUCACAAUUGUAAACAAACUUAUCCUAAAUGUGUUAAAACAUAUUCUGGGAUACUCUAUCUCUAUGUAUCUUUCAUGCCUUGAAAAUCUGAAGGUUAAUCCAAACUCACUUGUUUUAGCAUAUUUAAGAAAAAAAAAAAACUACUUUUAAUAUCAGCCUUUUAAGUUUCAUGAAGAUUUUGGUGAGGAAUAAUAGUAUAUACUUUAAAUAUUGACAAAACUUUGAAAGUUUUCUUUCUUUAAAAUGGGAAAUACUCAAUAUCUAAAUCCAGGUCAGGCAUGGGAGAUCAGUAUUUAACAUUGAUGUUUUGUAUUUUAUAUUUAUAAUGUUCAAAAUGCAAGCAUAACAUUUAAUCUUUGUCCACAUGGUUUUACAAAAGUAAAUCUUAAAUUACUAAGCUUUUCUCAUAUGUUCUCAUACUUUUUCAAAUCACUAUAAAGAAUUACUUGUUAUCAAUUAAAAAUCUCCUUCCCCCAAAUCUGUAUUACGGUUUCACCAGACAAAUAUUCUGUGAUGUAGCCCAGAAAAUCCGCACCUUUUGUCCUUUUUAUUUUUUAAUUUGAAUAAUCAUGUGCUUAGUCCCUUGGAUUACUGCCACAUCAGUUUAACACAGUAUCAGCACAUUACCUUGUCAUCAAGAGAUUGGCUCAGAUUUAUUCUUAAUUGGAUGUUUAAAGCAUGCACUACCUUGUUACAGUUGGUUUAGUGGAUUAUUGACUUGACAUCAUGAGAAGAUGUGUAAUUUUAUACCACAUUUAUAAAAUAUGAUUUUGUUUUCUACCCUUCAAGGUAAACAUUAAAAAUAAGGUGGUAUUUGUGUACUUGUACAUAAAACCAAAAUUAUAGUUGGGAAGAAAUAAAUUUAUAUAUGAAAAUGUCAAAAUCAUUUUAACAGUAUUAUUUUCAGAUAAGAUGGAGAGGCUGGUGAAAAGUCAUAUUGGCAAUUGGUAUGUAGUUUAAGUGGAAUUAAGCAAAGGGAGAUGCUUUUGGGUUUUUAACAUGCCACUUUUGAGUGAAAACAUCUCGUGGAGUCAUUGUGUUCAGCUCUGAGAAGAACAAAGAUUCAUACUUCUGUACAUGUGGUUGGAUUUAAAUAUCCUGUUUUUGAUACUAAUUUUGAAAGUUAUUUAACUUCUUUUGAUAUCUGGGCAAAAGUAACCAUAUGCUAUAAGCAUUUGAAUAUGUUUAAUUUUGUCAUAAUAGCAUCUGUGAAAGUGUAUCUUACACAUUAUAUAGAGGGUUCUUGUUUGAAAUUUUCACUUCUUUUUUAUCUUCCCAGUACAUCUUGGUCCUCAUAAUGGGCAAAGCAUACAACGAAGGCAGGUGGCUUAGGGGUUAUAGUGGGGAAGUGGAUAGGGGAUUCAUUUUCUUAUAUGACAUUUUGCCUUAAGAAUAUAAGUGUUUUAGCGCUGCUGACUGGCAUUUUUAAUAUAGGUAGUGAAAAUGACUUUAGAAGCAUGGGAUGAAAUAGAGGGAAGAAGAGUUUUUAUUUUCUGGCCUUAAAAAGUGCCUAGUAGGUCAUUUGAGACCUAGAGAAGUGCACAGAGCUUGAGCAAAGGCAUGAAGUCCCUGACUUUCUUUUCCUUUUUGUCUCAGUAUAUAGUAUUAAGAUGCCUAGAAACAUGACUCUAUUGUCCCCUCUUGUAUAGGCACUUUAUGUUUCUUGCUGUCACUACAGCAACCACAUACAGUACGGACAACCACAAAACCUGUUUAUAUUAGUGUAAAUAGAAAAACUAUAGACAACUUUCUAGAUUUCUCUGCAGGCAUUUUUGGGAAUGUAUGUAUAAUAGGCUCUGCUUUGUAUACAGGAGAUAGUACCACAUCAUCGGUUAUCUCCAAACUCCAGUCUUCUCUCAAUUGCCCAGUUAUAUCUUGUCAUCAAUCCCUUUUUCAAGGCUGGGAAGAGACAAGUUUCUCCAUGUAACUUUGACCCCUCACACUCUCCAAAUGUAAUCUGGAUCUCCUUGCUUUCAAGAUCAGCUUCCCCAUAGCUCAGGUAUCCCCUUCUCUCCUGUGUCUUCAUUUACUCUCAGUGAAGAUAUCUCUGUCCUGGAGGUUACUUUAAACUUUCUCUAUAACCAUUGCUGUAGACAAUGGUUUCCAAACCAGUAGUUUCUAUGCAGCUUUUCUAGUUCCUUGCUAUCUUCUCACCACUGACUUGAGGCAGUGAUUUGGACCUUGCUCAUUAGAGAGCAUUAUCAGAGAUGUGGAGUCCAUCAGAAGACCAGCUUGCAGUGUGAAUAGCAUAUAGAUGCCAAUAUUAUAAUUCUUUAUAUUUAACAUUUUCAUGCUUCUUAAUUUAACUUCACAUGUUGGGAAGUAGAUUCAGAAACUUAGGAGAAAUACCCAGACUCUGCCACUUCCUUGAGUUACUAGUUAGGCAUGGGCAGGAUUAAGUUUUGUGUAUUAUCUUCCCACUACCAAGAAUGGUUAUGUUUCACAGAAUACCAGUUCAGUUUGAGUUGGAAAAAGAUGCCAAACCAAAUUUAUAUAUAGCCUAUAACCUAAGGGCAUUCUUGAAGCUAUUGCCCACAUCCCAUUUUUUAGUUCAUGUUUACUUACAAAAUAGAGAUAAACAUUAGAUGUCUAAAGGAGUGAGUAAUGAAAAGCCUGUCCUUACAAAAUAAACCUGUUUAAAUGGGCUUUAAAAGACAUCAAAAUAAUCACUUGUCAUGCAUUGACUGUAAAUAGAGAUAAAGAAAUACGUCUUUAAAGCUCCACUUAUACAAAAAUAAAACUUCUAUAUCAUGUUCCCUCGAAGAAUGUAUGAUACUUUAUUUUAAGACCAUGAUAAUAGAGUAAAAAGGAAAGAAAGCCAGAAAUUAGAAUUUUGGAUGCUAAAAAGUAACUUUCUAGUUAACCCUAAAGCCCUGUCAAAUUGGGAAGAAAUGUUCCAGGAUACACUUGGAUUGGUUAUGCAGUAUUUCUUAUCAAUUGUCUAGCCCUUGUGUAUUGUUCUGAAAACUAAAGUUUAAAUCUUUAUGCUGUUACCUGCUAGACAUCCCGUUCUUUGGUAAAAAAUUCCCAUAGUCUGUACUCAAGAAGUGCCUAAAAAUGGACUUGGGUUGAUUUUAAGCCCAUCUAAUAAAUUAUAUGUAUUUUCUAUGGUAUCGUAUGUGCUUGUCUUAACUGAUGACAUAGCCUAGAGGGUUUCUGUCACAAUUUGUGCUUUAUUUGAAUAAAAAGUCUUUUUUUUCUUUUUCUUUUUUUUUUUUUUUUGAGACAUUGUCUUACUCUGUCGCCCAUGCUGGACUGCAGUGGCGUGAUCUCGGUUCACUGCAACCUUCACCUCCCCGGUUCACGCCAUUCUCCUGCCUCAGCCUGCCAAGUAGCUGGGACUACAGGUGCCUGCCACCACGCCCGGCUAAUUUUUUUGUAUUUUUAGUAGAGACAAGGUUUCACCAUGUUAGCCAGGAUGGUCUCGAUCUGCUGACCUCGUGAUUCGCCUGCCUUGGCCUCCCAAAGUGCUGGAAUUACAGGCGUGAGCCACUGUGCCUGGCCUGAAUAAAAAGUCUUGAAAUUGAAGACACUCACCUAACCCUCAACAAACCAUGACGUAAUGAAGCACAAGCCACACCAUUUUGUCUCUUUCCUAAUACAAAUAGUCAUGUCCCUGGCAUUAGUUCAUGCCGAGACUAGAAAACUGAACCCUACUACUGUUUUUUAAAAAACAAUUUUAACAGAAUAUUAAACUGUAUGUUUGAAAUCAUAAGUAAAAGUUUGUUGCUUGCAUACGAGUAGCCUCUUGAUUCUCAUGGUGGUGAUUUUGCAUCGUGUCAUUUAGAUGUUGAGCCAUUUGUGCAUGUGCAUAAGUGCCCAAAUUCCUCCUCUUUGUUUAGAUUCUACUUACAAAUCAGACUAAUAGAAUCUGAAUACAUUUAUCAUAUAUUCUUCCAGGGUUUUUUUUUUUAACUGACUGUAGAGUGUGGCUGUAAGUUCUGGGGCAAAGCUUGAUUGUAUUUUCAGUUAUGUAUAGUUACAUUGUUUCAUGUUAGAAAUCAUCGUGCAUGGGAAGUAAAAUGUGCAUAUGAUUUUAAAUUAUUGUAAUAUGUACUAUACCCUUCCCCUAAACUUCUUUCAUUGAUGAUACACAGAAUUCCUCUAUUUUUGCUUGAAAAUAGUCCUUUAGAUUGGAGUAGCCUUUUCUUACAUCCCUCUGUGGUUCCAUGAGAUGAGGUGAUACCUGCAAAGCACUUUUAAAGAUGUUUUUUAGGCUAAUGUCCAGGAUACAGCAUUGAGGACGCAGCUAUGUCUAAUGAGGGCUCUGUUGGUUGCUAGAGAUGAGAGAAAUGUAUACUAAUCAUUUUAAUUUGUACUUAAAAUACAUUUUACUAAUCAUAUUGAUUUUAAAUAUGACAUUCUUCUUGUAGAUAUUAAUCUUUCUUGUUUAUCAUAUUGUCCUAGAGAAGCCUAGAUAAAAAUGGGUUCCACCUAAUCUCUGUAUAACACCUUCCCCCGCUCUGCUCCCCAUCCCUGCCAAUUGAGCUCUAUGCAUAUUGACAAGCAAAUAAGAAAAUCUUUGGUUUCUUGUAUUUGAAUUUCCAAAACAAUAAAAGGUUUUGACUUAAGAUUUGCAUGCAAGAAGAGGCAGAAAUUUUGUCUCAUCUUUUUAUCAUUUUGCGAACUUGUGUUUCUCUGUAUGCUAGGAAAAUUUUACACACAAGGAAUGUUUGAAAAACAAUUUUAGAGUGCCUGGGUGGCUUUUAUUUGGUCAGUACUGAUGUGUUGGGUGUCUAGGGAAAUAAUGCUUCAGGACCUUUUUAACAACACAGCUUCAUGAAUGACUGGGGGAUGUUUAUGUUUGUGCUGAGAAAAGGGAGGGAGUGGACAGGUUGGAGUGGGGACCUUCAUUGAAAGCAGCGCAGUCAGCUACUUUGUAGAUGUGUUUUUUCAUUAUACUUAUAACAAUGUUCUUGUGUCCAUAAUUGACUGAAAUGUCAAGCUCCAGGAAUGCAAAGUGUUUAUCAGGUGACCAGAAGUAGAACCUUGUUGAUUAUGAAAUGGAAGAAUAACGUCAAGGUAGUUGGGGUAAAAUGACAAAUAAGAUUUUACUGGUGAAUUUCCAUGCUUAAUAUGUACAUUAACCUCUUUUUAAGUUGCAUGUUAAUCUGGUAUAACGUAUUGUCUCUGGUUUAUGCUUUGAGUAAAAAGGCAAAAAAAAAAAGACGAGUUACAAUUGUUAACUCUGUUAUGUACUAUUACAUAUACCUUUUCUUUUAGAAAGGGUUAAUUAUAAUUACUAUUCACA